AGUUGAUGAUGAUUAUGAUGAAAAAUCUUACAUGCAUGAUAUUAAUUUAAAUUAAUGAUUCAAUUGAUUCAUGAUUAACUUGAACACUUUUUAUCACAACAGACAAAAUUAGCUAUAUUAUUACAAUUUACAAUUGAUUGUUAUGUAGUAUUAUUUGAUUUAGUAUCAAUCGUUUUUUUUAUUCUUACUCACAAUCACAAUUAAGUCUGAUUGACCUGUAAUAGUAAAUAUUAAUUGUAAUAAAUUGAGAAGCGUUAAAUUAUCAGCUAUUAAUGAAUCACUAUUACCAGUUAAUUGUAAACAAAGGAGCAUUUGAUUGUAAUAGUUAACGAGAAAAAAAGAUGAUAAUAAGUGGGUCAGAAUAGUUAAUCUCCUUUUUUUUAAACAAAUUAUGAUUAAAUUGUGAUGAUUAUUACAGCAAUUAAUAUAAAUGUAUGAUUGAUAAGAUUGUUGGAUGUUUUUUUCACCAAUAAGUUACCUUAUUUCCUGAUUGUGAUUCAAAUUAUAAGCAGAAAUUAAUGAUUAAGGUGACAAUGAUUAAGAUUUUUGUUAUUACUAUUGAGAAGCUAAUUGUGUAUUCAUAAUAAUCAUGAUUGUGUGUGUGUGAGUGUGAAUCUUGAUUAAGUGUAACAAUCCAAGGGUAAGCUUGUUAAUGAUAAUGGUUGAUUGUGUUCACAUAAAAUAGAUUCACAUGUGAAGAGAUGAUUAUCUUAUAAUCAUAAUUAAGACGAAGAUAAUCAUCAUGAUAGAGUUAAAAAAUGAUCUCUCAUCAUCAUCAUUGCUUGUUGAUCAUUUUCAGAGGGUGGAUGGAUAAUAGUUCUGGUUCAGUUUCCCAUGGUGACCAUGAGAUUCAAAACAAAGUUAACAUUGUCAACAAAAAGUAAUUCAUGAAAUCUAAUGACAACAAUAAUAUAAUAAUAAUAAACAACAGAGAGAGACAAUUGUGUUUACAAUUGUAUGAAUGAGAAAAUUAGUAUUAUAUUCAAAUGUGAUGAUGAUAAAUUGGGAAUUGGGGAAGUGAAAAUAAGAUUAAAUCAAAAGAGUGGACAUUAAUAUGGACACAAGUGAUUACGAUGUUAACAAUCAACUAAAUGGUAUUGAUGAAAAUAGUAAAAGUGAUCAAGAUAAUCUUCAAUUGAUUGUAAGUGAAAGUGAGUGUAUUCAUAAUAAUAAUAAUAAUAGCAAGAUGAUUCCACCUUCAGCUAAAUCAAGUGGAAUGUCCAGUUCAAUAAUGACCACAGUUAAACCACCAAGUAAUGAAUUACGAUCCAAAGAAAGUUACAAUUGGUUAUUACAUUUACAUUAUGUUCGUGGUGAAUAUAAUUAUUGUUGUGAACAAAUUAAUCGGAUUGAUUGUUCAUCAGAAUACUCUUGGUACCUGAAAGGGUUAAUCUCCCUACGAGAUAAAGGAAAUGUAAAGGAAGCUUUAUCCUUCUUUAAUCAUAUUAAAUCUUUGUCAAAUGUUUACUAUAUUAAAGCGGUUAUUAGAUGUUUACUUCUUCUUGGUAGACACACGGAGGUGUCCGAAGUGAUUCGUGAAACUGGCCUGCAAAUGGCACAAAACGAUUGGCAGUUAUGGUUAAUCUUGGGCAAUUGUUAUCUCCAUUCAGGUAAUAUUUCACUCGCCAAAGAUGCGUAUCAACAUUCACUUCAAAAUGCUAAUACAGUUGAACCUUUCCUAUUGUUGGCUCAAUGUCACACGAUCGAAGGUGACACCAAAUCGGCCAUUUUUGUCCUAAGAAGAGCAACUGAAAUAUCACCAGACUCUAUUCCGGUUGCAAUACGUUUGGGACAACUAUUGAUGGAAAGUGAUAUGAGGUCAAAAGGAAUCGAAAAGUUCAUUCAAUUAAAUCAAAUGACGAUGAAUUUAAGAGGAAAUCUCGAUCUAUCUCUGGCCGUUGGUUCAAUUUUACAGGAAACUCGUGGAGAUAUCGAAGGUGCUCUUUACAAGUAUAAACUGUCCGAAUGUUAUGAAUCACCGAGUAUCUGGAAUAAUGUUGCUCUUUGCUUUGCUGCGAGAAAGAAAUAUGUAGCGGCGGUCAGUUGCUUGAAAAGAGCUAUCUACCUUAAUCCAUUGGAUCAUCGGAUUAAUUAUAAUCUUGGAUUAAUAUCAUUACAAUUGCGACAAUUUGCCAGUGGUUUUCAUUUCUUUAAAACCUCUUGUGCUCUUGCUAAAUCGUCGACAUCAAAUGUUAUCUUCUCGUUGCUUGGUGUUUGUCUUGAAUCGUUAAGCGAUGAUAUAAAUGCUCGACAGGCUCAUAUAACCGCUACAAAGAAUUUGGAGCGAAUGGUUAAUUUUUCUCCGAUUCCAUUGAUUAAUUAUGCUGUUUAUCUUUACAAUAAAGAUCAAGGUGAAUGUAAAGACAUGAUCAUGGAGCUUCUGAUGACAUUGGAACAGUUUUGGUUAAACAAAAAGCAACUACAGCAACAGGGAAACACCAAUUCGAGUAACAAUUCAAGUGGAUCAUUAAAUGAGUUUGAAGAAACUUUCAUGUCAACGGCUACUAAAUUGUCAACAUUGCUUAAUAUUAACUCUCAUAUGGCCUGGGCAAGAAAAGACGAAAUAGAGUCAGUGGUUAGUUGAAUAAUUUGUGCUAAUGAAUUAUCCUAAAAUAUUAAGUUUUCGUGUAUCCAAAUACGUUACCGAACAUGAUACAACUAAAUAAAUUUCAAUUCUGAUAUUCUGAAUUCAACUAUUACCAAAAAAAACUUUUCCAAUCAACUUGAACAGACUCAGUUAUCAAAACAUUGAUUUAGAACUAUGAAUUCGAACGGCGAACCUUUGGUUGACGCUCGAACUUAUUAGUGAUGAUUAAAUAGCCUGUUAAUAAUAAUUAUUUUGAUGAAGGGUUUUAUGGAUAAAAAGUUAGGAAUAGAAAAAUUUGUUCCAUUUCUGACCCCAACUCCGAUUUUCUAUUAAAUUUGCACGAUAAUAGAACGAUAAAUGA